GCCGCCGCCCCGCCAUGGGCUGCUCCAGCAGCGCCCGCAGCCGCCCCCAGGAGCCGCCGCCCGCCGCCGCCGCCGGGCCGCCGCCGCGGGCAUCAUCAGGUGAAAACACCCCGACUGCAGAUGAUCAUGAAACCAUAGCUGACCAAACGCAGUUGGACACAGCAGAGGAUGUGAGUCUUACCUCUGAGGAGACAAACCCGGGUGAGCAUCUGCCAGGAGAGGAGGCUGCAGCCGUGAUUCUGGCCAUAGAGGGGAAGAUCGAUUCGGUCAGUAAAAGGGAGGAGCCGGAGGGCACUGAGCCCCUGCCUGCAGGAGUGGAGGAGAGCUCUGAGCUGCCGUCCACGUGGCAAGAAGAGAGCAAUGGGCCUUCACCUCCAGCACCGGGAGAAGAUGCUGGGGCACCAUUGCCAGGACGAGCAGAGGACAGUGGGCUGGUGGAGGGCAGUGACAACUCUGUAGUGGAAAUCAUCGAGAAAGUACAUGUUACUGAAGAGGACCACCUCAUUGAGGGUAAUAUUUGUGCUUUCAUAAAUUCAGGAGACCAGAUUCUGCCUCCAGGGUCUUGUGCGUGGGUCCUUUUGGCUUUACUGAGAGCCUUGCAUGAGCUUCUGGAGUCAGAACUUGGUCCUGGGAGUGUGUACAAUGUGGGGCAUAGAAGAACAUGGCUGGGGAAGGCUCAGACUCACAAGUCCAAGCUGUAAUAAAUUUAAUCAGCAUUUCCAGUCAUUAUCUCUGCUAUUUCAUUUCAUGUCCUUUUUGUUCUUAGCAGGUAAAAUGCCCCACCGUACCCCUCAUUUAAAAUGUGUUUCUGUGUAGCUCAGACAUGUUCCUUAAUAUCUGCAGAGAGCAAAGGCUCUAUUACUUAGUCAUAUGUAUUAAUUAAAAAGCAACUGUCCCUACGCACAUGAAGUUGGAGGGUGCUUGCCUGAUUGUAGAAGAAAAAGCAUCUCUCUGAUGCACCCUUGGCAUAUCCAGUCUGCCUGAGAAGUUUGGCUACUAUACAAGCAGAAUAGAAGUAGUAGUGGAGGGACAUAGGGCUGGGCUUUCUAAAAAUGUUUGGAGAUGACUAGCUGGGGAGGAAGGCUGCUUGAGGAAGCAGUGGUGUCUGAGAAGGCAGGUAUUUCCAUGUGCUGUGAGAGGGACUUUUAGCAGGAGGUGUGCUUGUUCACAGAGUUUGCAGGCUGUGCUCGUCUUUGGGUUAGCACUUGGAGGAUGUGUGUCUCCCAUGGACUGCACAUGCAGAAGGUGAACACUUCACAGGAGGAAUUGGGUUUCUCCUAAAUGGUACAAAGAAGCUCGGUGAGGAAUCAGAUAAUUCCUGGGGGAGCAUUUCUUCACGGAAUAAGCAGGUGAAGCACAUGAGAAGUAUUUCCCUGCAGGGAAAUCUGGUAUCAGCAGC